AUGCAGCAAAGUCUCAAGUGCUGGCUGCCGGUCCUUGUGUUGGCGAGUCUGCUGCCUCCUGUCACCUGCGGCUCGAGCAAUCCCCUGACAGACCACGAGGAGAACGUCCAGAGGUUUUAUUAUGACCCAUGGCUCACAACGGCGGAUGCGAAGGGUGUGGAGUCUGUGCUGGCUGAGGCCUGCACCGCUGAUGCGUGCAGGAAUGGCGGCAUCUGCAGGGUAGUCCAAGGAAAGGCGAAAUGUCACUGUGGACCGGGCUUCACUGGCCCCCGCUGUCAAGAGAUGAGCUUUCAUCUGGACUGUGAGGACCACAUGCAGCUGUGGAUACUGAAAAGCUCCCUCCAUUACAUCGGGGUGAACGUGUCUCUCCUGCACUUGCUCAAUCCACGAUGCAAAGUGGAGGAGACCUCCGAGCUGUACGCGUCCGCGACCCUGACACACGCUAACCAAACCUUCUGUGGAACCCGCGUACACGUAAACGGCUCUCACCUGGUCUACUCCAAUGAGAUAAGGACGGCGACAGGCUUGGUGAACAUGCAGCCAAUCACAGGGGGAGCUAUAUCCAGGAGCCCUGACAUAAGCAUCAAGUUCGCUUGCGUGUAUCCCUAUAACCGGGUCGUCUCCCUGCCGUUCCCGCUGCUGACCAGUGCCUCGUUGGUGACCUUCAUAGUCAAGGAGGGAGAGUUCAAUGUCACCAUGACCCUCUACCCCUCACCGGAGUUCUCAGAGCCCUACGACUGGGCCCCAACCAUCCCGGUUUCCCACAAGCUUUAUGUUCAGCUACAGAUCCAUGGGCAUGGAGUACAAAAGCCGUUCACCCUGGAGCUGGAGGAGUGCUGGGCCACCCCCGGAGCUAACCACAGCGACGCCACCCACCACCCAAUCAUUUCCAAUGGAUCUGGCACAGAUGUCACCGCGGAGAGAAUGACGUCUAAAGACAACACCCUGACCCGCUUCUCCCUGCAAAUGUUUUACUUCGUCAGCUACCCGGAGGUGUAUCUCCACUGCCGUGUUCGGCUCUGCCAGGCUAAUGGCACCAGCUGCGUGAAGCCUACUGCAAGCACCGAGCGGAAGCGGAGAGACUUGAUUGACCCCUACAGGAAAGUUGUCUCGUGUGGCCCUAUCAGACUGGCCAGAAGGAAGGUGGCGGGCGUCGGGAAACUGGACUCCGACGUCAGUCCGCUGGUGCUCCCGGGAGCCCUUGCCGCAGGCGCCAUGCUGCUUCUGCUCUGUCUGGUAGCGGUUGCUAAAGCCUUGAAGCGAAGAGGACUAAGACCAUGAAAUCCUUACACAAACCCCUCAAUAAAUACUCUAA